UCACUACGCCGGAAGUGUUGGAAAGAUUAAAAUCCUCUUGAGUGACAGCAGCGGUUUGGUACAUUGUAUUUUUUGUCUUUCUGUAGGGAUGGAGGUGACACGAACAAAUUUCAAAGACAGUUUAAGCACUGUGUAUAGCGCAAUAGAGGAAGCAGACUUUCUCGCAAUCGAUGGGGAAUUUUCAGGUAUUAGCGAUGGGCCCAACGUCAGCGCACUGACUAACGGGUUGGACACGCCAGAGGAGCGCUACAUGAAGCUAAAAAAGCAUUCCAUGGACUUCUUGCUGUUUCAGUUUGGACUGUGUUCCUUCACAUAUGACCAGGCAGAGUCCAAGUAUGUCAUCAAGACUUUUAAUUUUUAUAUAUUCCCAAAGCCGUUCAACAGAACCUCCCCAGACACCAAGUUCAUCUGCCAGAGUUCCAGCAUAGACUUCCUGGCCAGUCAGGGUUUUGACUUCAACAAAGUGUUCCGUCACGGGAUCCCGUACCUGAACCAGGAAGAGGAAGUGCAGCUGCGGGAGCAGUAUGAGGAGAGGCGGAGUCAGAGUAACGGAUCAGGAAACCCCUCCUACAUCUCCCCCAACCCAAACAAAGGCCCCGGCAGCGUCCCCGAGGAGCACAGGGAGUACAUCGGACGGGUGGUAGAGAAGGUGGAAUCUCUGUAUACUACCUCAGAGAAGACUGUGGACCUGGAGCCCUGCACUGGGUUUCAGAGGAAGCUGAUCUACCAGACUCUCAACUCCAAGUUCCCAAAGGGUCUUCAUGUCGAGACCUUGGAGACAGAGAAGAAAGAGCGAUACAUCCAGAUCAGCAAGGUGGACGACGAGGAGAGGAAGAGGAGGGAACGGCAGAAACAGGAGAGAGAACAGGAGGAGCUGAAUGACGCUGUGGGAUUCUCCAGGGUCAUACACGCCAUCUCCAAAUCUGGAAAGUUGGUGGUUGGCCACAACAUGCUGCUGGACGUCAUGCACACCAUCCAUCAGUUCUACUGCCUACUGCCAGAGGACCUGAAUGACUUUAAAGAAGUCACUCAGUGUGUCUUCCCCAGGCUGUUGGACACCAAGCUCAUGGCCACUACGCAACCUUUCAAGGAGUUGAUCAACAUCACGUCUCUAGCAGAGCUGCAGAAACAGCUGAAAGAGAGCCCCUUCAAAUCUCCUAAAGUUGUGACGGCGGAGGGGUUCCCCAGCUACGAUACAGCCCAGGAACAGCUCCACGAGGCGGGCUACGAUGCCUUCAUCACUGGUCUCUGCUUCAUCUCCAUGGCCAACUACCUAGGUACUUUCCUGACUCCCCCCAGAGCCCACAUCCCAUCCCAAUCGAAACUCAUCCAACCCUUCGUCAACAAACUGUUCCUGAUGAGGAUCAUAGAUAUUCCCUACCUCAACAUCAGCGGACCAGACCUCCAGCCCAAGAGGGAUCAUGUUCUGUCCCCUUCCCUGCCCCCAGUGACCUCCCCAGCUGUUCAGUGCCCCCCUAAGACCCACCACAUAAUGAUGAUCUAUCACUACCGCCUGUCCAGGUCACUCCCCCUGGCCCCACUUCCCCUGGGCCAGGUCACUCCCCUGGGCCAGGUCACUGUUUGGGCCAGGUCACUUCCCUGCCUGGGCCAGGUCACUACCAACUGGGCCAGGUCCUACCGCCUGGGCCAGGCCACUCAACUGCAGUCACUGCCGCCUGGGCCAGGUCAGGCCUCACUACCGCCUGGGCCGGGUCACUACCGCCUGGGCCAGGUCACUACCGCCUGGGCCAGGCCACUACCGCCUGACUACCGCCUGGGCCAGUGUCUUCCUGCAUGUCUCCUAGGUAACAUCCAGGUGUCGUGGAUUGAUGACACGUCAGCGUUUGUAUCUCUGAGUCAGACGGACCAGGUUCAGAUCGCGAUGAACACCAGUCGCUAUGCGGAGAGCUACCGUAUCCAGACGUAUGCAGAGUAUGUCCAGGGCAGGCAGCAGGUCAGGGAGAGCCAGGGCCAUUCUACCCAGUCCUGGGAUGAGGACGGCUGGGUUAAACCGCACUACACCUCCCCCUCUACAGUUGGUGCUGGUCCUACUGGCUACAGCUACGGUCACAACAGGCCGUCGUUGGGGAAACGCUGCGUCAGUCCGAUCCAGGAGGAGCAGCCUACGGAGGGAGAGGCUCAGAGACACGCUGACGGGUGGAGUGGCUACACGCACUCUCACACACACUCCGACACGGGCAGCAAGAAGAUCAGGACCGACGGGGUGUGUGUACGGACGUAUGCAGGAGUAGUGGACAGUAGGACGUCAGAAGGCUGGCUGAAAACUCAGUCUGAGUCUGAUUCGUCGAGCAUGAGUCCGAUCCAGGAAGAGGCGGGGUCGGAGGCGGUAGACGACGCUAGUGAUCCGGCGGCGGGCGAAUGGCAACAGCAGCCUUCAACCAAUCAGAGCAAGAAGAGCCGCAAGAACAACAGGAUGAGGAAGACUGAUGGUGCAGAGACGACGUCUUCUCUGUUCGACGUACCUCAGGUCUGGUAGCGAUGGAACCCGAGCUCCUGGCUCCUUACCACCUGGGUUCCUACUUCCUACCCCUGGCCACUUGACUCCUACCCCCUAGGACCGGGUUUGGAACGAUGCCUGAAGUUUCAACCAGCUGCACUUAUCUGACUGGCUGAGAGAAACGAAGCCAUAAAUCAUGAUAGGAGUCCUCAGCAUGUGGUAUAGCAGGAUAUUCUUUAGGAAAGAAAAAACGGUCCCAAAUGGCACCCUAAUCCGUAUAUAGUACACUACUUUUAACUACGGCCAAUAGAGCUCUGGUUCAAACUAGUGCACUAUGGAUUGUUGUGUCCCAAAUAUUUUUUUCACUGCUUUUUUUGUUGUUGCUCGCACUGUUUUUCAUUUCUGAUUGAUUGAUAAAUCCCCUGUAUCGUGAUGGAUUAGGUAGUUACCACUCUGCAUGUUGUGGCGCUACUGACAGCUGUUCAAUACAGAGAGGGAGAACUCACACCCAGGCUCUACCAACCCACCAGGCUCUGAAAUGGCAGCCUGAUCUCUGUUCCACUACUAUUAACCAGGGUCUAUAGUGCUCUGGUCAAAACUAGUGCUCUAUAUAGGGGAAUGGGGGCCAUUUGGUUCACAGCCUGAUCUCUGUUCCACUACUCUUAACCAGGGUCUAUAGUGCUCUGGUCAAAACUAGUGCUCUAUAUAGUGGAAUGGGGGCCAUUUGGUUCACAGCCUGAUUUCUGUUGCACUACUCUUAACCAGGGUCUAUAGCGCUCUGGUCAAAACUAGUGCUCUAUAUAGGGGAAUGGGGGCCAUUUGGUUCACAGCCUGAUCUCUGUUCCACUACUCUUAACCAGGGUCUAUAGCGCUCUGGUCAAAACUAGUGCUCUAUAUAGGGGAAUGGGGGCCAUUUGGUUCAUAGCCUGAUCUCUGUUCCACUACUCUUAACCAGGGUCUAUAGCGCUCUGGUCAAAACUAGUGCUCUAUAUAGGGGAAUGGGGGCCAUUUGGUUCAUAGCCUGAUUUCUGUUCCACUACUCUUAACCAGGGUCUAUAGCGCUCUGGUCAAAACUAGUGCUCUAUAUAGGGGAAUGGGGGCCAUUUGGUUCACAGCCUGGGUCUGUGUUCCAUGAGGAUCAACGUUAUAGUUUAUUCAUCUAGAAAUAUCACUAUCUAGAUUUGAUGCGCUUCUUUGUUCUAUAGAAGAGGGAAUUGUGUCAUGGUGUGGUGUGUAUUUUCUACGUUGUAUCAUCCUGAACACCAGGCCAGGCUCGUUGUUCCACGACCUCAUAGUUACUGUCACCGAGUCUGAAAUCUUUCCCCUCACUGUGUCUGUUACCGGUGCCAAACCGGUUUAGUUUUAACCGUAAAAAAUGUUGCCUCCGUGUCCCGUUCAUCGUGAACCAUCAUUAAGUGUCUCUUAAACCCACCCCCCCAUUGCCUCUUGACUGAUUCUAGUGUAACACUGUCCUGGUGCUGUAGUAGGAUUUUAAAUGUAGUUUAAAUCACUUCCUUUUUAAAAAAAUAUGUAUAAAGUUAAAGCCCCUCCCCUCUAAUUUUAUAGAUCCUGCUAGAACCUUCUCUAAUGGUGUGUCCUAAAUGGCUCCCUGUGUAGUGCAGUGUACUAGGGAAUAGGGCCCUGUGUAGUGCAGUGUACUAGAAAGGGAAUAGGGCCCUGUGUAGUGCAGUGUACUAGGGAAUAGGGCCCUGUGUAGUGCAGUGUACUAGGGAGUAGGAAGCCAUUUUGUGAAACAAGAGGUGUGUUUUUUGGCGUGGUUGGUCUUUUCCCUACAACAGACAGUCUAGUGGCAUUAUUACUUUUGUAUGGACAACUUUUUUGUUGUUGUGGCGUUUAAAUGUCUUUAUUUUUGCGGUCUUUACUUUCCCCUCGUUGUAAUGUCCUCCCUUGCAACUGUGUCAAAUAUUGUAUCAAUGCAAAACGUGUCAACGUUAAAGAAUACGCUGUUUUUGUAUGAAAAAUGUCGAAACAAAUAUUUCCUUAUGAACAGGAACAAUUAAAGAACGUUUUCUUAGUAA